AUACCAGUCAACCACAACUGUGAACAGAUUUUGGAUGACUACUGGGUAUGGCAAAGGAACCCUGAAGACUUGCAUCUGGAAUACCUGGCCAAAACACCAGUUUCAGACUGUGAAGCAGAUGAUGAAGACACUGCAGUCUUCAAGCCAGUCUUCUCAAAAGCUACAGAAGAUCAAGUGGCUCUCACUUCUGAAGCAACAACUGAGGAUCUCCAAACAUUUCCGGAAACCUCACCUGCCCUCGAAACGGAAACCUCACCCACACUUCAGGAAACUUCACAUGUUUCUGAAAUGGUUCUAACUGAAGUUGUUCAAGAGAAGGCAACCCCUCCCCCACAAGAACAGAACCAGGAAAUAGCAGCAGAAGAAGAAGAAUUUCAGCCACGAAUCCAAUCUCAAGUCUUGGAGAUUCUCACCACUCCUUGUGAGAUCUCCAAUCCUACUGAAAUUGAGAUCCCGGAAAAGUCAGCUGAAAUUCCGGAACAGUCAGCUCUUCCAGAAACAAUGGAGCAAGCUGUUGAAGCACAGAGGGAUUCUGGAGAAGCUGCAAAGGAAGAUCAAAUGGCAGAACUAGAGGUCUCUGAAACUCAAGUAGCCAUCUUUGAAGAAGAGAAUACAGCUGAAGAAAGAGACUCCCUCUCUAGGGAUAUAUCAAAUUUUGCGCUUGAAACAGAAGGAGAAUCUGAAAGAACGCUGAAGGUUACUGAUGAAGAAGAUGUCCAAGAAGAUGCUGAAUCUCUUCCUAUGCAACUCUUCCAAAGAACACCAUCAUCUCAUCAGGUAACCAACGUUCAUUUCCAUAGCUCUUCCACCCCUGCUCUUCCGGAUGAGAUACCGGAAAUCUGGACAAAGAAGGUCCAAGGGCUGAUUGAAUCAGCCCUAGCAUCUCAACAUGCCUCCUUUAGGCAAGAGAUAGAACAAAUGGAAGUCAAGCACACCCAGCUAAUAGAGAAGUCUGAAGGAAAACACAGAAAUAUAUUGAGUGAAACUGUGAGCAACACGAUGGAAAUAUAUGCCUCUGACAGUCAACUUCAUCUCAAAGAGAUCAACAAAGUCAGAGAGCAAAUAGCGAGUGUCACAGUUAGUCUCCAAAAGCAGAUGUCCCUUCUCCAAAUGGACAUCAGAUCAGCCCUAGCAAUAGCUUCUGCAAAUCAGGUAGUGACCAAAGACUACUUGAAGGUGAUCAUUGACAAUCAAAAGGAAGCAUUCAAGCUGUUCAGACUUAUUGGUGCAAACUCUGGAAACCGCAAGAUGGAAGUAAUUCUCCAACAACACAGUCCAUCUCCAAUACCACAGCUUCCUAUUGCAAUCAAAGAAGGAGAAGUAUCUUAUAUUCCUUCUCAUCUGAACUUGACAAAUCUAAUCCUUGAAGCACAGCAAAGAAAUCCGGAAAACUCAGCACAACUUCUAUCCAGCUCAGGACUGGAUGGAACAGAAUUUAUAGGUACAGUUGUUGACCACUUCUCAAAUGAUGCUCAAUCAGAAGAAAGACGUGAAAAUUUAAGACGCAUCAAAGAACUGUGUGGGAACAUGAAGGGCAUCAGUGAAGUUGCCGGAUCUUCAAAGCGCAAGAGAAACUGAAGGUUCUUUACAUCAAAACAGGGGGAAAGUAUGUGAAAACACUAAUUUGUUUUGAUGAAAACACCUUCUUGUUUAAACAUUGCUUGAUUGGUUUAAACAUUGCUUAAUUAUGUCUUAAUUGCGCUUAUUAUGCUUAAUUAU